AUGGAUAACAAAAGCGUCAAACCCGACCACGAUUCUGCUUCAGGGUCAAACACGCUUUUAAAUGUACGGUCGCCUCACGACAAAUCCCCAAAUCCUCUGCUGCUUGAUCCCUCCGAUGCGGCGGCGCCACCGCCUCCGCCGCCAAUUUUGUCGCCGGCGUCGGGGAGGCACCCGGUUUAUAAGGGAAUAAGGUGCCGGAGCGGGAAAUGGGUGUCGGAAAUUCGUGAGCCGAGGAAGACGACGAGGAUUUGGCUAGGGACCUACCCGACGGCGGAGAUGGCCGCCGCCGCCUACGACGUGGCGGCGCUGGUGCUGAAGGGGCCGGAGGCGGUGGUCAAUUUCCCUGAAAUGGUUAAUUCGUAUCCGCUGCCGGCUUCUCUCGCGGCGGCGGAUAUUCGGGCGGCGGCUUCGGCGGCGGCGGCGGGGGUUGCGACUGGAGGUGGAUUUCAGUCGCCGGCGGUGGAAGGGGAGGGUUCGUCGGCGGCGGCGGCGGGAGGGGAGUUUGUUGACGAGGAGGCGCUGUUCGGAAUGCCGAAACUGCUGGCGGAGAUGGCGGAGGGGAUGAUGAUAAGUCCGCCGCGGCUGAAAUCGGAGGCGGAGACGGAGGAGUCACCGGAGAAUUAUUCCGGCAAUGAUGGUCUUUGGAGCUAUCGCUGAGAACAUUCGAGAAUCAUCCAGAACCAUUAAUAUGUAAUGUAUGGAGAUAUAAUAAUAUAAAUAAGCACAGUUAAGAUGAGCGCGGUGGCGGCGCCGCCGGCUCCGGCGAGUAACUCCGCCGUGGUUUGAAUGUUUGUAGUUUAAAUUGGAAGCUUGCUUGAGUGUUUUGUGAGUGGGUGGGUAUCUGGGAUUUGGGAAGCUAUAUUGAUCCUAUCCAUAAGAAUCGUUGUUCCAAAUACGUGUAUGUCGCAUUUUUGGCUUCAGCGACUUUAUUUGCGUUUACAGUCGACGGUCAGGAUUAAAGGGUGUAGGCAAUGAUGACGUCAUUUGCUUAUGUAAAGUUGUGCUGUACAAAAUCAGCGAUGUGAGAGUAAACCCAAAGUCCUCUAAAAAAAAGAAAAAUUGUGGAGAUAGAUUUGACGCUUUCAGGUAUUGUCCACCAGACAUAUUUUAUUAUUAUAAUUUAUAUUGUCGAA